GUUGCCUCACAGUACACACAGUAAUCAGCUGUUUGAACUCCCGGUUGUGUGUCGUCACGUAUAAAUAAGACCAUGGCAUCUGCAUCGAGCACUAGCGCGAGAAGCUUGUUUCUGGAUUCCAAGAUGCGUUUAGCGGAGAGAGUCGGUGUGAAUGUGAGCAAUAUUGGUUCGGUGGCUAGACAAAUCCAGAGGGGUUCGAAGUCAAAUGAGGUUUUAAUGCACGCGGCAAGAAAUUUUGCGCUGCAAGAACAUUCGAUUGAUAAUUCUGAGGCGAAUCUGCGAAAACUGCAGUUGAUAGCAGCACAUCUUGGGUACCAGCAAGAGUCAUUAAUGAAGAGUGCUAUGCUGGUGGAAGAGGUCAAAGAACAAGUAAGAGCUAUGCAGCGAUGACAUACAGUUUCCAAUUGAAGGCUGUGGCACAGUUACUUCAAGUUAAAAGGUUGUAUUGUUGACGAAAAUUACAAACUAUUUCUCUGAUGCAGAACUGUUGUGACAUUAGUUCACAAUUACUCCCUGCAAGGAAAAUCUAAACAAACAGUUUAGUUGUGUUUGCACAUUUACCUGUUUUAAAAUGUCUUUGAUUCUCUGUAGGACUAGUUUUUGAGAUGUGACCUAGUGCACAACAUUUUGAAAUUUACUGUUAUAUUGGGAUGACACACAAAUGCUCUAUGUAGUUUCUUAGCCUCUGAAAGAAGUGACAAGUAAUUUGAAAAUGUAGUUCAUGUGAGAGUGUAACUUAAAGUUUGUGGAUUAAUGUUAAGAUACUUAAGCAUAUAAUCAUCUAAUACAUAUAUGGAAAUUCAUCGUAGGUUGUAUAGUUUUUUGUAUUCAGCAUCAGUGUGUUUGUAACUUUUACUAUUAUCAAUGUAGUUAGGUUUAUUGAAACCUUGUGGCUACUGCUCAUUAGAACUAUAUUGUGUGCACAUUGUACUCAGAUAUGUAAUGUAAGUAAAUAUUCACAUACUUUAUUUGAAAUUUUAUUAAUAGGCGUAAUCACAAAUAUUGAAGUAAUUACAUUUGUUCAUGCGUUCAGUAAAUGUAAAUUGCUGCUGAGGAAACUAGGUGCAUUGAAAAAGUUUGUAAAUAGCUUUAGAAUCUCAACUGGCAUAGCCUAUAAAUUGUAUAAACUAUAUAAUAAUGGAAAGAACUUGAAUUCCUUUUUUAAUAGCAAUUAGCUUUAGAAUGAAUCUGUGACAUUAUAAAUGAGAAAGAUAAACACCAAAUAUUCCUAAAUGAACUAAAUUGUAUAAACUAUAUAAUAAUGGAAAGAACUUGAAUUCCUUUUUUAAUAGCAAUUAGCUUUAGAAUGAAUCUGUGACAUUAUAAAUGAGAAAGAUAAACACCAAAUAUUCCUAAAUGAACUAAGUAUUGUUAUUAAACUUGGUGGCCAAUAAAGUCA